AUGCAUUCUGAAAGAGACGGUUUCGUAGAAGGAGCAGAUCAUCGAUGGAAUCUCCUACUUGCCCAGGAAAGAGAAGCGUUUUCUGAAGCAGAAAUUCUGGGAAUCAAAAGAACUCUUCAUGAAUUCCGAGAAGAGAAAAAAAUCCUAGAAGAGAGAAUAAGUAAACUGGAGGCCACAAACAAUGAGUUGCAAUUAACGGUUUCUCGCAUAAACGAGACGUCACUACCGCCCAUUCAAGGUCCUCCCGGUCCUCCAGGCAAUACGGGUCUCCCUGGUAUACCAGGUACAAAAGGUCCAAAGGGGGACAGAGGGCCCCGAGGAGACCCUGGCCCUCAUGGUAACCCUGGAGAGACGGGACCCCAAGGGUCACCGGGUCUGCGAGGGGCUCCUGGAAUUCCAGGUUCUCCUGGAUUGAACGGACCUAAGGGUUCCGGAGGGGAACGUGGUGCCCCGGGUUCACCAGGACAACCUGGUCCGAAGGGAAGAACAGGAAAGCCAGGACCAAAGGGUAACCGCGGAGAUACGGGUGGUGAGGGGCCACCGGGUGGCACUGGGCCGGGUGGACCCCGUGGAGAAGCCGGUAGUCCUGGACUUAAAGGUGAUAAGGGAGAGAACGGUAGUCAAGGAAUAAAAGGACAGCGAGGGUUACCUGGAUUAACUGGCCUGCCAGGAAUCAAGGGUGCAAAAGGCGACGUCGGAUCGAGAGGACCGACAGGUUUGCCAGGUGUACAUGGUCCAAAGGGGGUGCUAGGUUCAAAAGGAUCAAAAGGAGACACUGGAGAUAUUGGAUUGCCGGGGAUAAAGGGUGAAUCCGGCAUUAGAGGAACUAGGGGACAGAAAGGGGAACGAGGUAUCCCAGGGCCCGCAGGUCCAAAAGGUAAUCAAGGUAACAAAGGGAUGAAGGGGGUCAAAGGAGCCAUAGGACCACAAGGCCCCAAAGGACAAACUGGGAGAUCUGGCACCAUGAGCAAGGGCAUCAAAGGAGAGGCUGGACCUCCUGGUAGAAGAGGAAUGAAAGGCGAAAUGGGCCCAAUCGGACCAAACGGAAUCCCAGGGCGCCCAGGACCUGCAGGUGCCAAAGGAUCAAAGGGCGUUAAAGGGCAGCAAGGGUCAUCAGGGCUAAAGGGUGAACGCGGAGUUGCAGGCACUCCAGGCCAGGCAGGGACUCCUGGUGCCAGAGGACCAAAAGGCCAGAAAGGUCAAAACGGUUCUCCUGGACCACGAGGUCUGAAAGGGACAUCUGGAAUACAGGGCCCUAGAGGACCACAAGGUCCACGGGGUUUACAGGGAACAAAGGGGGCAUUUGGACCGAGAGGACAGAAAGGUGCAACAGGUGCGAAAGGAGGUCUUGGACCCCGUGGCACUACCGGACCAAAAGGCCUCCCAGGUGCAGUAGGGUUGAAAGGUAGCCCGGGGCCUCGCGGGCUGUCAGGAGCAGCAGGGCUAAAAGGAGCAAAAGGAGCCCCCGGUCCAAGAGGUUUGAAAGGGGCAAAUGGUUCUAAGGGGAAUCAAGGACCACGUGGAAUGCCUGGUCCUAAAGGAGUUAAGGGUUCCACAGGAGCCAGGGGCAGUACUGGGACCAAAGGACAGAAAGGUCAGCCUGGUACCCGUGGUCUUAAAGGUUUGCGUGGGUCACCGGGGCCUCGGGGACCUGCUGGUCCAAGAGGGGCAACUGGUCCAAAGGGCCUCAAAGGAGAUAGUGGGAUCAGGGUCAACUCGACUUAUCCGUCUGGUCGGUGGCAGAGCAUCCUACCAGGGGCGAGUUGAAAUCUUCCACAACGGCCGAUGGGGGACCGUGUGUGACGACAGCUUCAGUACCGUAGACGCCAGAGUGGUCUGUAGGCAACUAGGUCUCCCAUACAGUAGAGUGACAGUUCAGGCCUCAGCAGGCUACGGAAGGGGCAGCGGACCAAUUUGGUUGGAUGACGUCGGCUGCAGAGGCACGGAGGCUAGAUUAGAGCUUUGCAGUCACAGGGGUUGGGGCACCAAUGACUGCAGCCACAGUGAGGAUGUCGGCGUGACCUGCAGAUAAAUAGUCUUCGUGACAUUACGAGAGGACACGUGAACAGUGAUUUGAGAGGUCAAAAAGCUGCAACAAUAGGCCUACUUACCCGGUACUGCAUGACUUUUAAAACAUGAUUUUGCGAAUAGGCAGUUUAUAAGUGCACUGCGUACGUACUCCAAGACAACAAAAUUUGCGAAUGCAGGACAUUUCUAUGUUCAAGGCUGGCCUAAAUGUUAUACAACUUAAAUGUCUUUAUAACGAUUUUUUAGUUUUAUAAUUAUAUGUAGACGCAGGGAAAAUGUCAUUUUUAAAAGUUGAGAUUUGAUGUACAUUUGAACCAUAACGACAAUAGUAGAUAGGUAAAACGUUUAUGCCAUUUUAAUUAAACCGCCAUAAAGUCUGUUCUAACUAAUACAUUUGAAUAUAGUAGUUAAAUCUACAAAUGGGAUUUUGUACAUAAAAUAUACCCAAGAUUGUAGAAAAAUUACUCCUGUUUGUUCAACCGAGAUUUUGCAAAUUAAUAGUAAACAAAAUAGAUAAGCUGAAAUGAAUUGCAUGUUUUUUAAUGCCAAAAUGGUUCAAUUAUUGACCAAACAAUUAUCAAAACCACUACAAGUGGACUUUUGAGUCUUUGUAAAUUGCCUUGCAAAAUUAUGAUUUAUUGAUUUUUGUGGGGGUGUCGGUAAAAAGUUGUCACAAUGUGCACAAAAUGGGUUUUAUUUUUGAUUGAAUGUCUUAGAGAAGAAUUUGGAUUAACGUUUUAUAUUUCAUAUGUAUAUUGUUAAAAAAUAUCUACACUGUAGAUAGAUGAGAGGAAUAAGCACAUGUAUAAUAAGGUGACUGUUUGCUGCGGAAGAUAACAUUUUGUAUAUAUCUCUGUUUGGAGGAUAACAUUUUUAUUUUUAUGUUUAAAGGGACACUAAUCGAAUAUUUCAGCCUAUUUAGGGUUUGAAAAACCUGUGUGAAACUGUUCUCACUUUAAAUCCUUCCCGUAGUUGCAUUAAAUAUAUUUUCUUAAGGUUAUGACACAUACCAGUCGUUUCCAUGUGUCACCUACAAACUUUGAUUGAUCAGACUGAAUAUGAUUGUAGAAAUACAUUGAAAAAACGAAGGUCAUUAAACGCUCUUCUACA